AUGACUAUGGUCUGUUUGAAUGAUUUUGAGGAAUAUGCCAGGCAGCACCUCUCAAAGGCUACGUGGGACUAUUAUGAGGCCGGAGCUGAUGACUGUUGCACCAGAGAUGACAACUUGCAGGCCUAUAAACGGAUCCGCUUGAGGCCGCGGGUCUUACGUGAUGUGUCGAUCAAUGACACUCGGACCUCUGUGCUGGGAAUGGAGAUAAGCUUCCCUGUGGGAAUUGCUCCCACGGCUUUCCACUGCCUUGCAUGGCAUGAGGGAGAACUGGCCACUCCUAGAGCCACUGAGACAGUGAACACCUGUUACAUAGCCAGCACAUACUCCACAUGUUCAGUGGAGGAGAUUGCUGCAGCAGCACCCAACGGGUACCGUUGGUUCCAGCUGUACUUGUACCGGGACCGUAAGCUCUCGGAGCAGAUUGUACGCAGGGUGGAGGCACUUGGCUACAAAGCUCUGGUGCUUACAGUGGACGUGCCCUACACUGGCAAACGGCGCAGUGACAUACGCAACCAGUUUAAGCUUCCACCUCACCUGAUGGUCAAGAACUUUGAGAGAAUGUUCCAGGAGCAGGCAGGCUCUCAGGAGGAAUAUGGGAUCCCAGCUAAUACACUGGACCCAUCAAUCAGCUGGAAGGAUGUGUGCUGGCUCCAGUCUCUAUCACGGCUGCCUAUAAUCAUCAAGGGCAUCCUUACAAAAGAGGAUGCAGAGCUGGCCGUAGAGCAUGGCGUCCAGGGGAUAAUUGUGUCUAAUCAUGGGGGCCGGCAACUGGAUGGAGUGCCCGCAACGAUAGAUUGUCUGCCUGAGAUAAUGGAUGCAGUGCAGGGCCGGGUCGAGGUCUACAUGGAUGGAGGGAUCCGCACAGGCAAUGAUGUGCUGAAGGCCAUAGCCUUGGGAGCCAAAUGUGUGUUUAUUGGCAGACCAGCAAUCUGGGGCCUCGCUUACAAGGGGGAGGAAGGAGUGAGAGAGAUCUUACAGAUUCUACAUGACGAGUUUCGUUUAUCCAUGGCACUGUCAGGUUGCCGAAACGUUGCUGAGAUCAACAGGAACCUCAUUCAGUUCUCCAGACUUUGA